CCCUGCUGCUUCGAAACCCUAUGAAGACAAAAACAUAAUAAAUUUUGGUGAAGACGGAUAUUCUGUGGUACCUGAUAUUGAAAUAGACCUACCAGAUUUACCUGUUAAUGUUACCAUGCAUGUAGAAGUGUCUGACAACAACAAUCUUGUAUCCAGUAAACUUAUUAGUAGUUUAACAAGGACGGUUGAAAUAAACGAAGAUGGAGAUACAUUAUUUGUUUUUCUUACCAAUGGAACUACCAGUUUGCUACUACGACUUAAUUCCUGUCAAAAACCAGAGGUUGGUGCCCAUUAUACAUGCAUUAAUGGUGCAAUAAGAUGUGAUCCAGGCUAUAUUGGCAGUAAAUGCGAAAAGAGGAAUUAUUGUUUUGGUGAUCCUUGUUACAAUGGUAACUGUACGUCUGAAUCUGAUGGAUACAUGUGUUCGUGUAAUAACAAUUAUAUUGGACAGAACUGUUCACAGUAUGAUUAUUGCGCACAGAACAUGUGCGUGAAUAACGGUACCUGUAGGAACAUGCCAUCUGAUUUCAUCUGUGAUUGCACAAGUGGAUUUAAGGGUAAAACGUGUGAUGUCAUUGACUAUUGCAAAAGUGGACCAUGUCAAAAUCAUGGAAAAUGUUUGAAUCAUCCUUCAAAUUACUCUUGUCAAUGUGUCAGCGGAUUUACCGGAACUGAAUGUGACAAUAUUGACCACUGCGCAAAUAACCCUUGUUUAAAUGGUGGAAGCUGUAUAAAUAAAAGUAACGGAUCCAUGUGUUCCUGCACUAAGGGUUAUAGUGGAUCCAAAUGUGCACAAAGUGUUUGUCAGUCAGAAAAAUGUAGUGAUCAUGGAUCGUGUAUGGUUGUUUCUGGUAAUGCAAAAUGUAGCUGUAACAAAGGAUAUAGUGGAUCAAAAUGUGAACACGAUGUCUGUCAAUCACAGAAUUGUAAUAAUCACGGUUCGUGUAUGAUUGUGUCUGGUGAAGCAAAAUGUAACUGUAGUAUAGGAUACAGUGGAUCGAAAUGUGAAAGCAAUGUCUGUCAAUCAGAGAAAUGCGGCGGUAAAGGAACAUGUACAGUUGUUUCUGGUGAAGCGAAAUGUAGAUGCAACAACGGAUACAGUGGACUCAAAUGUGAAAGCAAUGUCUGUCAGUCAGAAAAAUGUAGUGAGCAUGGAUCGUGUAUGGUUGUUUCUGGUAAAGCAAAAUGUACCUGUAGUAAAGGAUAUAGUGGAUCAAAAUGUGAACACGAUGUUUGUCAGUUAGAGAAAUGCAAUAACCAUGGUACGUGUGAUAUUGUCUCUGGUGUGGCCAAAUGUAUUUGUUACCCAGGAUUUAACGGAACCAGUUGUGAAUACACUAAUGAUGUGGUUCAUAGUUCGCCUCAAAUGAGUAGCACAACGCAUGAAUUUACCGAAAACCUGGUAACGUCAGCAAAAAUUCCGAUGCCAACAACACUAGCUGCUGAAACGGUUGCUGAAAUAAAGAUUGAGUUUUUGGUUAGCAAGUCAUCGUUUAACAUCACACAGCUGCAAGCAUAUCUAUCCAAAUUGGUUUCUCAAGUCGACGCAUUUGUUUCUACUAAGUUGGGUGAUCAAACUGGCAAGAAUGGAGAACAAUUAACUGAGGUUAUAAUUAAAGUAUCAACCAAUAACAGUGGAGGUGUGACUGAACUUCGUGAAAAAUUGAAGAAAGGAGUACCCGAAGCGCUGCCUUAUAGGGUUUAUACUGGAGAAUUACAAACUACUACAGCUGAGCCUUGGUUGUCUUCUCAUAAAACAGAAUUGAUUGUUGGUGUAGCUGUAGGUGUUUUUGCUGUAAUUGCUGUAUUUUUAUUUGUUUGUAAAACCAAUAAAACAAAGUCAGGAGAACAAAUGAAUUUCCCAAUGGAUGACACAACCUAUGGAAAUGGAUUUCAUGAAGGAAAUAUAGAAAGUAGAAAUGGGGACAAUGAUGGCGUGAAAAUGGAUUUUGAUAAUGCAGCUUAUAUAGACAUCAAAAUGUAACAAGAUCUUAGAAAAGAAUUCAUUCGUUGUAUAUUUAUAUUUUAUCGGGCUACAAAGAAUUACCUUUUUUUAAAAGAGAGUUGCGGAUGAAUGGUGUAUUUCGUGGGGAAUGUAUUAGAUCGGCAUGUCUUUCUGCGCCUCCACUGAAUAUUGAAUAAUCCAAAUGCAUAUAUACUAAACAGCAAAAAAAAAAAGAAAAAACG